UUUUCUUUUAUUUGUCCUCUGGGGACAUUCGAGAGCCAGGUUUUUCCCUACCAACGAGGCACAAGACAUUCUGCACAGGCGCCGUACAGGCCACACUCUAAUCAUGGGGCCGGCACGCACUGGCCUAUUGAUCCUGGGCAUAUUUGUCGUCUACAGCUCUGCACAAUCUUUCAACCUCGAAAAUGAACUCCAGUUUGGGCGUGCGCCACGCGUGUGCCGUGAACUCUACGAGCUUGGCCUGGCAGGCGUCCAUCCCAUUCAUCUGGGCGCCCUGACCGGAGGCCGCAAGCUGCAGCGUAGUGGAGUGGAGUCGUCGCGUGUCUGGACCUGGCUCGGCAACCACGGAGGUCGUGGUCUAUGGGGAGGCACCUUGGGAUCUCACCCAUGGCUCAGCCCGGCGGACGCCAGGCAUAGCGGCCGCUGGGGCGUCAUCAGGACUGGAGCAUGGGUUAUUCAUGGUGGACGUCGGUUGUGGAUCCCGCUACCAAUGUAUGGAUUCGGGCAUACAGUUGACCUUUCCACGGGAGUCCGCAUUGAUAGGAGAGUUACGAGUGGCCUAAAGACGGGAAUCCCGCAGGGUCAUGUCGGUCCCGUUGGAAACAUCGAGUCUAUGGGACCCAACUUCGGGCCUGGCCUAGAAGAAUAUUGGGGUUUCCCAGGUAUGGUAAGCCGAGGGGGCCGAAGAAGUAGAAUGGGACAAGCAGGCCCAUGGGGUCCAGUACAAGGAGGCCCUGACGGUGAUGAAAUGUUCUUUUCUUGGGACCAAAACAUGCGAGGUGGAAGACCGUGGGGAGGCAUGAACGAAGGAACCAGAAGAUUAGCUGGUGCAGGAGGCCUAGGACUUGGUGAGGGCAUGGGUGGUGGGUCAACCAGGGGAAGGCAAGGAAGCUCGAACUUAGGAAGAAGAGAACCAAGUAGCGGUACCAAUAGUGACUUAGACUUGGGAAUCACCACUAGCAGUCAAGGACAGCAGGGUGCACAAGGGGGCGCCUCGGGAACAGGAGGGCAAAGUGGCGGCUCUAGCAGUGCGCAGGGCGGCACUGAUGCAGUCAGUGGAUCAGGCCUAUCAGAAUUCAGUGGACGACGAGGCUCAUUGGGCUUCCUAGGUAGUGGUGGAAGCCUAGGCAGCAGCUCUGGAGGAAGUGGUUUAUCGGGUUUGGGUGGCUUAGGACAAGGCGGAUUGGGUGGAAUGGAAAGUUUAGGUGGGUUUCGUUCCUGGAGCAUUGGAGGACGUCGCCGAAGAAGUCGUAGACCUCGGUUCAUGAGUUUUGAACGAAGAGGAGGAUCCAGUGGAAUGGGAGGCUUAGGGCUAGGUGGUCCAAAUGACUUCGAAGAUGGGUCACGAAGUGGUGGGUCAUUAGGGUCAGGCAGCCCAUCGGGAGGCAGUUUUGGUUUCACAGGUGGACCAGAAGGCAGCCGCUUUGGAGGAAGUAGCAUGUCGGGCAGUGGUAUUGGUGGCAUCGGGGGUGGACUAGGAAGCAGGGGCAUGUUGGGGGAAGGAGGUUUGUAUGGAGGUGGUGAAUAUGGUGGCGUUUUCGGGCGAGGUCCCCAGAUAGGAGGACGAUUCGGUUUCCGCGGAUCACGAUGGAGUCAAGGUGCUGACAUGCCUGGUUCUUUCAGGGCAAGUUCUGGUGGCCUCUUAGGGCAAUUAGGUGACGAAAUGGGUGAAGGAAGCUUCGGUUUUGCUGGCACCAGUGGACCGCAGUUUGAGGACGGUGCGGGCUACGGUGGCCUGUAUUCGGGACGGAGAGGUAUAGGUACCGAAGGUCUUGGGCGUGGAUCAGGUUAUGGUAGUUUAUGGAGCAGCCAAGGCUCAGGAAGUGGCAGCCCAUUCACAUGGAGAAUCAUAAGGUUUGGCGCUCCGCAACACAGACGUCCAUCGCGGCGAUGGAUGGUUUGGUCGAGCUCACCACUUCAAGGUGAUGGAGGAUUUAAUUACGAAGACUUUGGGGGUGAUUCUUCGGGCUUCUUCGGAGGGUCUGGAGGUGGACUUUCAAGGAAUUCAGGCAGCUCAUCUUUCUCUGAUAGUUCGAGCGGAUCUUCUCUUCUGAAGCUCUAAACAUGAACAUGAGCUUCUUGGAAAGCAUGCCCUCUCCUCCUCCCACUGUCCAGUGGAGCAUGUGCAUAUGUACUAAUGGCAUAUAAGUGGCAAUAAAUUUAUUUGCUCUUUGUGAAUUAGGUUUUGUUUAAAAGUCAAUAAACGAAAUACUGACACAA